UAAGAAUUGUUUAUUUUUUAAUAUAAUAUAUUUAUUUUUUUGGUAUUUAAUGAGUGCUUGUGAUUUAUAAUAGACUGUCGUUGUGAUUAGAAGAUAAAUAACUCAAAACCUGGCACUUGGUAUAUUUAUUGAGUAAUUGUUUAUAAAUAUAAACAUAAUGGAGGAGGAUUUUUUAACUACAAGUGAUCGUGACUUAAACUCUGAAAAUUUAGAAGAUAAUUUAGCGAUCCAAGAACUAGAUGUAGACAACUUGGAUCAAGUUUGCAGGGUGUGUUUAUCCAGAGAAGAAGUGACUUCUCUCCACAAUCAUAAGCAUUAUUCCAUAUUCCUUUUACUUCUGCAAACGUGCGAAGGAUCGGAAUCGCCGAGUGAAAAUAUCUGCAAGGAAUGUUCCGUACAAUUGCAAAACAUCCAUAAUUUUAUCAAAAAAUUGAAUGAAUCCACGAACAUAAUAAACACGCUCUACGAAAAAAAAUAUGAUCUAUAUGACCAUAACAUUCACACAACAAAUAGCGAUGAAGAUGGCAGUAAUGUAGAAACAAUUAUCAUAGAAAAUGGAACCCCAGAGAAUGAACUAAUUCAAAAUCCAGACCAAAUGGCUGAAAAAAAUUGCGAUAGUUCCAGUAACGAAAGCUCACAAACACUGUUAUACAUCUGCGAGAAAUGCAAUAAAACCUUUAAAUAUUCCAAAAGUUUACAAUACCACAUGAUGGAACACGAGGAAAUAAAUAAAUACAAAUGUCCUUUAUGCGAAUGGACCGCUGUAGAUAAAACUCAAGUUAAAGACCAUUUAAAAAUGAAUCACAACGCUCUUUUUACACAAGAAUUGGAUGUAAGCAUCGAAAAGUUGGUUGUAAUAACACCAGAAGGUCACCUUAAAUGCAACAUAUGCGAUUUUGAGUUUGUAAGUUCGGCAGGUCUCGAGGAGCAUUUGUCACAGCACGAGCAAAUUAAUUCGGACUUGCAGAGUAAAAGUCACAAAUAUAAAACAUUUAAAUAUUCUAAACGCAAACACGAUUGCAAAAAGUGUGGCAAACAAUUUUCUUCCAAAUCGAGCUUGAACAGGCACAUACUAAUAGUACACGAAGAGACAAAGAGAUUUCGCUGCGAGAUUUGUGAUGAAAAAUUCACAGUGAAGAACUCGUUGAAAUACCACAUGAACAUUCACACAGAUACUAAGCCUUAUAAAUGCAAUUUAUGCUCGAGAGCGUUCAGGCAACCCGCACCUUUGAUUAGACAUCGGAGAACAAAACACAAGGAAUACAAAUGUGAGUUUGAUUAAGGAUGUAGUUCAAAAUGUAAUUAUUUUUAAAAUCUAAGGAGGAAUACAA